GGCCACAGCUCUCACUCACCCUCCGGCUUCCUGUUGGGGCUUCUUCAGCCCCACCCCACAUUUGGAGCAUUUCCUUCCCUGACAGAGGGACCUGGGACGGGGCUGGGGCCCUGGCGGAUGGAGACAUGCUGGCCCUGCUGCUGCUGCCCCUGCUGUGGGGGGGGUACGAGCUGCAGGAGGAGCCAGGGUACGAGCUGCAAGUGCAGAAGUCGGUGACGGUGCAGGAGGGUCUGUGCGUCCUCGUGCCCUGCUCCUUCUCUUACCCCGGGAAUUCCUGGUACUCCCCUUCCCUACUCUACGUCUACUGGUUCCGGGACGGGGAGAGCCCAUACUUUAGUGAGCCUGUGGCCACAAACAACCCAAACAGAGAAGUGAAGUCAGAGACCCAGGGCCGAUUCCGCCUCCUUGGGGAUGUCUGGAAGAAGAACUGCUCCUUGAGCAUCGGAGAUGCCAGAAUGGGGGACACGGGAAACUAUUCUUUCCGCGUGGAGAGAGGAAGGAAUGUAAAAUAUACCUACCUUCAGAAUAAGCUGAACUUGGCGGUGACAGCCCUGACAGAGAAACCCGACGUCCACUUUCUGGAGCCUCUGGAGUCCGGCCGCCUCACAAGGCUGAGCUGCAGCCUUCCAGGAUCCUGUGAAGUGGGACGACCUCUCACAUUCUCCUGGACGGGGGAUGCCCUCAGUCCCCUGGACCCAGAAACCACCCACUCCUCGGAGCUCACCCUCACCCCGAGGCCCGAGGACCAUGGCACCAACCUCACCUGUCAUGUGAAACACCAAGGAGCUCAGGUGACCACGGAGAGAACUGUCCAGCUCAAUGUCUCCUAUGCUCCCCAGAACCUCGCCAUCAGCAUCUUCUUCAGAAAUGGCACAGGCACAGCCCUGCGGAUCCUGAGCAAUGGCAUGUCGGUGCCCAUUGUGGAGGGCCAGUCCCUGUUCCUGACCUGCACAGUUGACAGCAACCCCCCUGCCUCACUGAGCUGGUUCCGGGACGGAAAAGCCCUGAAUCCCUCCCAGACCUCAGUGUCUGGGAUCCUGGAGCUGCCCAACAUAGGGGCUAGAGAGGGAGGGGAAUUCACCUGCCGGGUUCAGCACCCGCUGGGCUCCCAGCACCUGUCCUUCAUCCUUUCUGUGCAGAGAAGCUCCUCUUCCUGCAUAUGUGUAACCGAGAAACAGGAGGGCUCCUGGCCCCUCGUCCUCACCCUGAUCAGGGGGGCUCUCAUGGGGGCUGGCUUCCUCCUCACCUACGGCCUCACCUGGAUCUACUAUACCAGGUGUGGAGGCCCCCAGGGGAGUAGGGAUGAGAGGCCAGGCUGAGCGCCUCCUGCUCAAGACAGAACCGAGGUGUGGACACCCAGCUCUGCGGGACAGAUGUAGGACAUCACUGUCAGCUUUUCUGGAGGCUGACAUCCCACUGACUACCCCUCUUUUCCUUUCUGCCCAAUACCCCAUCUAUUUAUCCCCCUCUGCUUGUGAGUCUUGCCCUACCACACCUGCAUCCCUAUCUGCACCCCAU